AUUCGUGCAUUCGUGCGCUAGACCGGAGCGCUGAGGCGCCUGCCACUCGCUUCACUUCGCAGUAAAAAGCCUCUUGAGCACAAUGGCACCGCACCGAUCGAUAAUGUUGGCGCUGUAUCUGGUCGUAUUGGCCUUGACACUCGAUGUCACCAAAGCUAACUGGGAGGCGUUCGCUGCCAGCUCCACCGCGGAAUGCUGUAACACCUGUAUCGGCAAGACGUCAAGUGCAGUGUAUUCCUACGACCCCGUUAUCUUUUCUCAAUGUUCCAACGUGACCGGCGGCGUGUGCUGCUUCGACUGCGGCAGCUUGGGCGAUCCGACGUAUGGAGACACGGUCUCCUACGCUUCGGACGGCGUGACGGCCGUCGUCAAGGCCGGCACGUACAUUUCCUUCACUUGGAGCGACGUGGUGAACGUCACGUAUAUUUCCCUCAAAACCGGGCAGAAGAAAACCGUGACGCCUACAGUUUCUGAUGCACAAGCGACUAAGAAGUCCAAUACUUUCCUUAUUUGCGCUAAGAGCGCAGGGACGAUCUACUUCCGAGGGUGGGGCAGUGACACCUGCCGUGAGGCAUCUCAGGAACACUCAGUGACCGUGGAGGCGAGUGACUCGAGCACUAACACGUGUGACGCGACGGAAGCGAGUUUACUAGGCGACGACACAGAGGCUUCGACUUCCAGUGCUAAAGGUUCGGGUUCUAGUUCGCUCCCAGCUGACGAGACCGUGGACAGUUGCAACGCCCAGCGAGCGAGUAUCCAGGUGGUUGAUGGCACACGUACUUGCGUUUGUGUCUCGGACUGGACGAAUCCGCCCGAGUGCAACCAGUGGCCCGUGUGGAAAUGGCUCGUGACGAUCGGUGGUGCUGUUGCUGCCUUGUUCUCGAUCAUUAUUUCAGUACGCGCACUACUUGCCAGUCUCAAGAAGAAGAAACAGGAUGAAGAAUACCAGAACAACCUGGGCCGAAUCACUCCAAAGAGCGACGUCGCGACAUUAGAGGUAACACCUAAUACUGGCUACCACGGCAACGCGAUGAUGGUCCCUACCGCAUACGACCCGCAGGUAGACCGCACAUCUGGAGCUCCUCGGAAACCGGUCGACAACGAGUUCACGCUCUGAGGAAACCAGAGAUCUAUCAAUACCAAUACAGUUUUAAGCGCGACUACACCUUGCGCAGCUCAAGUUCUUUCGUGCUCGCGUGAGUUGCCUUCAAUUGCUACUGAACAGUAACCAUAGCACUAGAAGUAACCAGAAAGCUUACGAACAGACUGACCAGCACGAUCCCACUAGAAGUAUGUGCCAUAAUCGAUGAGACCUUUUUGAUCAUGUC